GGCUUAAGAAGUAUCGAAAUGAAACAUCCAACGAGUGGUAUCAAAAUGAAACGUCCAACAUCCAAACAAUCAGAAGGAAACAGUCCAAAGGAAACAAAGGUGGCACCAGAAAGAAACAUCCAGAGCGUUCGACUCACACAGGUGAAAAGCGGUUCAAAUGCAAAACAUGCGGAAAGGGUUUUGCUAAGCCAUCGGAUAUGAAGAAACAUGUGAGGAUUCACACAGGUGAUAAACCGUACAAAUGCGAAGUAUGCGGGAAGAAUUUUAUUCAGUCAUCGCAACUGAAUCAACAUGUGAGAAUUCACACAGGUGAUAGACCGCACAAAUGCGAAACAUGCGGGAAGAAUUUUAUUCAGUUAUCGCACCUGAGUGAACAUGCGAGAAUUCACACAGGUGAUAAACCGUACAAAUGCGAAACAUGCGGGAAGAAUUUUGCACGCUUAUCGACUAUGAAGAGACAUAUGAGAAUUCACACAGGUCCUUGA